GUUAGCAUCGCAGCAAAGCCGUUACUGAAGACUGAUUUCUGUUUUCACAGGAUGGAGAACAACAGGGAUGAAGACUCUUCUACAGUCAAUGUCAACAAUGGCAAACAUCCUCUUAAUACUGAAGAAGUGGAAUCAUCAGCACUCCGGCUCUCUUCUCUGUUGUUGCUGUGUUUGGGGUUGCUUUGUGUCAUACUGACUGCAAACAUCGUCUACAUGAGUUUCACGACGACCACUCAGCAGGAAAAUAUCACAAGCCUUGCAACAGAAAAACAGCAACUGAUUAAGGAACAAAAAAUUAUGGAGAAAAAGAUUGAGGAGGUGAUCCGAGACAGACACUUGAGCCAAGUAAGAGCGAGGCUUACCCGAGAGAGGCUUACUCAAGACAGAGAGAAGCUGAGCAAUAAGAUAGAGGAGCUUAACAAAGAGAGAGACGAGCUGAGCGAAGAGAAAGAGAAGGUGAACAAACAGAAAGAGGAGCUGAGCCGAGAAAGAAACAAGCUGAAGUAUAAGACAGAGAAGCUGAAAGAAGAGAGAGAGGAUGUGAGCAAAAAGAAAGAGGAACUGAGCAAAGCGAAAGAGGAGCUGAGCAAAAAGAAAGAAGAGCUGAGCAAAGAGAAAGAUAAGCUGAGCAAAGAUAGAAAGGAGUUGAGUAAAGAGAAAGAGGAGCUGAGAAAAAAUACAAACGAGCCAAGCAAAGGGAAUGAGGAUCUCAGAAAAGAGAAAGAGAAACUGAGCAAAGAGAAAAAGGACAAAGACAAAACGAAGGUGAGCAAAGAUAAAAAGGAACUGAACAAAGAGGAGGGCGACCUGAAGAAUUUAACAAUAGAGCUGAGCAAAGAGGAAAAUGAGCUGAACAAAAAGACAAAGGAGUGGAACAAAGAGAAGGAUGAGCUGAACAAAAAGAAAGAACAGCUAAGUAAAAACACAAAGGAGCUGAACACAGAAAAAGAAAAGCUGAACAAAAGGAAAGAUGAGUUGACAAAAUUGAAAGCAGAACUGAGCCAAGAGAAAAAGGGGCUGACAAAGGAAAUGAACAAAGAGAAUGAGGAGCUGAACAAAAUCAAAGAUGAUCUAAGCAAAAAGAGAGCAGAGCUGAGCAAAACAACAGAUGAGCUGAGCAAGGAGAAAGCAGGGCUGAACAAAGAGAAAGACGAGUUGAGCAAACAGAAAAGGGAGCUGAGCAAAGAGAAAGACAAACUGGACAAAGAGAAAAAUGAACUGAACAAAUACAAAGAUGAGCUGAGCAAAGAAAAAAAGGAGCUGAGCAAAAAAAAUGAUGAACUGAACAAAUACAAAGACAAGCUGAGCAAAGAAAAAAAGGAGCUGAGCAAAGAAAAUGAUGAACUGAGUAAUAAGAGAAAUGAGCUGAACAAAGAGAAAGAUGAACUGAACAAAAAGAAAGUCGACCAGAGCAAAACGAAAGCAGAGCUGAACAGGAAGACAGAGGAGUUGAACAAAGAGGAAAAUAAUUUGAAUAAAAAGAAAUUGGAGCUGAACAAAGAGAACGAAGAGCUGAAAAAAAAGAAAGUGGAUCUGAGCAAAGAGAAAACAAAGCUGGUCAAAGAGAAAGAAGAACUGAACAAAAAGAAAGUAGAUCUGAGCAAAGAGACAGCGGGGCUGGACAAAGAGAAACAGGAGUUUAGUAAAAAGAAAGUGGAUCUGAACAAAGUGAAAACGGAACUAAACAAAAAGAAAGAGGAGCUAAACAAAGAGACAGUGAAUCUGAGCAAAAAGACAGAGCAGCUGAGCAAAGAGACAAAGGAGCUGAACGAACAGAAAGCGGAUCUGAACACAAUGAAAACGGAUCUGAACAAAAUGAAACAGGAGCUGAACAAAGAGAAAGUGGAGCUGAAUGAAGAGAAAGGAAAUCUGAGCGUAUUGAGAAAGGAGUCAGAGAUUCGAUGCAAAGAGAGAGAGGCCCUGAAGACCUUCUACGACUAUGUCAUGAAAUUUAAAAAUUUUCCAGUUGAAGAAUUCUGCCCUCUAAAUAUGAGACCAAAGUGUGAGGAUUGCAGGGUAAAGGAGCCAUCAUACAAUGGACACUGCUACUGGAUUCAGGAUGACUUACUAAGUUCGAUGACCUGGGAUUUAGGUCGAAAGUGGUGCAAUUUAUAUGGUUCAGAUUUGGUUGUAAUUGAUGAUCUGGAGGAGCAGGAAUUUAUCACCCUUCAAAUAAAAUACCACGAAGCUGGGAAAGGAUUCUGGUUAGGGUUACAUCAUACGCCAGGCGGAUGGGUCUGGAUUGAUGGACGUAAGAACACCCUUGACUUCUGGAUGAAAGGGACUCCCCAUACUUUAGGAGCAGCACUGCAUAUGCCACAAAGUAAAGCUACAGAGAGCUGGAAAGCAGAAGACAAAAAAAAGCCCAACAGUUUCAUCUGUGAGCGUCCGAUGACUGCUUGGCCCUAUAACUAACACUGUUCUCUUAAAGUUUCAACAAGGA